AUGCGCCGCCCCCCGCACCAGCUGCGCCUUCUCCUGCACCUGCUCCGGUGCCUUCUCUCGUGCCUUCUCCGGUUCCUUCUCCCGCGCCUUCUACCGCGCCAGUCCCAGCUCAAACAACGUUAUGAACUCCUUGCCUGGAGUAAAACGGCAGACGGCUCAAAUGAGAUCACCAGAAUGUGCAGCGCUCUCGUAACAAUCAGGAAAAAUAUUCAAGCUCUCACACGCAGCGCCGUGCUGUGGGGGUACAAUUUGCACCAAUUGCUGCAUACGGAGAAAGAGGUUAAUGGAAAAGAUGUCAACAUUCCUUUUGGGAGCCGAGCAAUGCAGCACUACAUCCACCAACUACUGUAUCACGACCGACAAUACAAACAUUUUAUUGAAAAUAAACGGAAUAUUCAACCGUUGUACACCUAUACCAGUGUCUUGUUCAAGUGGGCAUUAACUGAAAUGUCGAGCGGAGUAUUCAGAGAGUUAGAUUUCAAAAUUGCCGAGGCUAUCAAGGAUCAUGACACAAUGGUAAAGCUAUUCAAGACUCUGACGAGGGAGCAGCUGGAUGCCCUCACUGCAAAUAUAUUGGACUAA